CCGGGCAGGGCGCGGCGGCCGGGAUGGCGCGGCGCGGGCCGCGCGGCUAGACGGGCGCUGAAGGAGACCCCGGCGCCCUCCCUCCAUUCUCGCCGUCCCGGAGCCGGCUGCCCGGAGCGCCCGCGCCGUGGGGAGCCGCCUUCGCUGACGCCGGACACCUGGACGCUCCCGAGAUGCCCAACCCCAAAAACAGUAAAGGCGGCCGCAAAAACAAGCGCGCCAACAGCAGCGGGGACGAGCAGGAAAAUGGAGCCGGGGCCCUGGCAGCGGCGGGCGCGGCGGGCGCGUCGGCCGGGGGGGCCCUGGCGGCGGCGGCCGGCUGCGGAGCGGCGGCGGCGGGCGCGCCGGGCACCGGGGGCGCGACGGGCACCGGAGGCGCGGGGACUGGCGCCGCCAACGCCGCGGCCGCCGCGGGGGCUGCAGCCGCGGGCGACGCCAAGCACGAAGCCCCUUGCGCCACGCCCCUGAUCUGCAGCUUCGGGAGGCCUGUUGACCUGGAGAAGGACGACUACCAGAAGGUGGUGUGCAACAACGAGCAGUGCCCCCACAGCACCUGGAUGCACCUACAGUGCUUCUACGAGUGGGAGAGCAGCAUCCUGGUCCAGUUUAACUGCAUCGGCCGGGCCCGCAGCUGGAACGAGAAGCAGUGCCGCCAGAACAUGUGGACCAAGAAGGGCUACGACCUGGCCUUCCGCUUCUGCUCCUGCCGUUGUGGACAGGGCCACUUAAAGAAGGACACAGACUGGUACCAGGUGAAGCGGAUGCAGGAUGAGAAGAAGAAGAAGUCUGGGUCGGAGAAGAACACGGGGAGGCCCCCUGGCGAGGCGGGGGAGGAGGCAAAAAAGUGCAGGCCCCCGAACAAGCCCCAGAAAGGCCUGAACCACGACCUCCCCCGCCGCCAUUCCAUGGACCGGCAGAACUCCCAGGAGAAAGCCCUCAGCGCCGGGGCCUAUGCAGCCCGCUCCCCCUGUGGCUCCCCGGGCCAGUCCCCGCCCAGCGGCUACUCCAUCCUCUCCCCUGCCCACUUCAGCGGGCCCCGCUCCUCCAGAUACCUUGGGGAAUUCUUAAAGAACGCCAUCCAUCUUGAGCCUCACAAAAAGGCCAUGGCCGGGGGCCACGUGUUCCGAAACGCCCACUUUGACUAUAGCCCCGCUGGGUUAUCGGUUCACAGGGGCAGCCACUUUGAUGCGCCCGUGCAGUUCCUGCGGCGGCUGGACCUCUCCGAGCUGCUCACUCACAUCCCCAGGCAUAAACUGAACACUUUCCACGUGCGGAUGGAAGACGAUGCCCAGAUGGGCCAGGGCGAGGAUCUGCGCAAGUUCAUUCUUGCGGCCCUCAGUGCCAGCCACAGAAAUGUUGUAAACUGUGCCCUGUGCCACCGGGCGCUCCCGGUGUUCGAACAGUUCCCACUGGUGGACGGAACUCUGUUCUUAAGCCCAUCGAGACAUGAUGAGAUCGAGUAUGAUGUUCCUUGUCACCUUCAAGGGAGACUCAUGCACCUGUACGCGGUGUGCGUGGACUGCCUGGAAGGCGUUCACAAGAUCAUCUGUAUCAAGUGCAAGUCGCGGUGGGACGGCAGCUGGCACCAGCUGGGCACCAUGUACACCUACGACAUCCUGGCCGCCUCUCCGUGCUGUCAGGCCCGCCUGAACUGUAAGCACUGCGGCAAGCCGGUGAUCGACGUGCGGAUCGGCAUGCAGUACUUCUCCGAGUACAGCAACGUCCAGCAGUGUCCACACUGUGGGAACCUGGACUACCAUUUUGUGAAGCCAUUCUCCUCCUUCAAAGUUCUCGAAGCUUAUUGAUGAAAGCUUUGCUUUGGUAAUAGCUAUUUUAUUGAUAUUAUUACUUUAUUACAUAUCUUUUCUAGGAAAACAUUCUGUGACAGUAAUUUCUUUUCUAAUUUAAAGGAGAAUUCCUUUGUGUAUGUGUGCCACUAAAAUGGGGGCCGCCCCUUGCCCUCUCUUGACUCCGAGUGUUAGUCUGUGGUCAUGCCCUGAGCCCUAAUGGGUAAUCCUGUGCGUGUGGGGUACUGGCUCCCCACUCAGAGGCUCUCUUGCAGCUUUGAGGGUGGUGGGGAGGAUGGGGUGAAUGUAGGAAAGGGACCAUGCGAUUCUAAACUAGGAGUCGGGAAGAAACUCUUACUAUACUAAAAUGUUAGCCGUCUAAAGACCCACUUUUAGAUCUGCUUUGGGCCUCGGGAAGAACAUGUGACACGUGAAUGUAAGUCUGUGCCUGCAGAGCCAAGAGGGUUUCAGUCUGUCUCGGUUUAGCGCUGCGCAGGCUCACUGCCCUGCAGUUUACCCUCACUGACAGAUGACGUGGAAGUGAACACGAGUGCUCUUUCCAUCACUGUUGUAAUUUAACAGUCAGUUUUCAUACUGAACAUAACAUCCCACUUAUAAGACAUAUAAAAGCCAUUGGUAUUGCAGAUAUUUGCAAGUAAGCAGACCUGUGACAGAAUAUACUAACCGAGAAUCUGGAAAUGACCCACACUGAUGCAAGAGGCCAGAAGGCAGAAAAUGGUGAUUUGCAGUUGGUCACAUGGCUCUUAAGGAGAAUCCAGGAAUAACAUGAUUUGGGCGGCACCGAUUUAUAGAGCUUGCACUCACUGUGGAAGUGCCAUUUGAUGUCAGAUCCUUCUCACAGGUAAAUCUUAGCCGCAGACCUAACUGGUGAGUUUGAGAACUAGUCAUUGCCACACUUAUCUUCCACAGAAUUGCUUACAGCAAUGGCUUACCCAUUCAAUGCUGAGUUUCUAAAAUCAAAGGUUUGACCCUAGGAAGAAAAGGCAAAAAAUUAUUUGUGAGGUUAUGAGAAAAAGAGUAAUAGUAAUAUUUCUGUUUAAAGUGUGUUUCAUUUUGAAAUAUCACUGAUCGUCAUGUACAACAAUAUGUUUGAAAAUAGAUUCGGAAGUUCUCCAUGAUUCCUUGUUGGUGAAAAAAGAUCACUUAUAUACUUAAUUUGUCAGAGCAAAAUACAUCUUGCGGUUCUUUAGACCUUGGUGAUUUAAAUAGACAUAUGCCCUGUACCAUUAUAGAACUGGACUAUGAUUUCUCAAAACUGAAUUUGAUAAUGUCAAAUAUGACAUGCAUAUAUGCUAAAAGAAUGCUGAAAAUAUACUUAUUUUAUGAGUAGCCAAAUUUGGGGUUCUGUGAGCAUUUUAUGUUACUCACUUGGUUUAUACCAUUUUUUUCCCCUCAGAAAAACAGUUGUUUUUCUUCUCAGAGGUGUUUAGGUAUUAUUGCAAGUGAGCUUCAGUUCUACUACAUGAAAUAUUUGAUGUUUUGUUUGAAACACAGCCUUAAAGAACCAAUAUGUUAAUGUUCUUCAUCUUUCAGUUUGGAUGAUUGUAAUUUGGUUUACCGUAUCAAGUUUGCUGUUUGAUGAUCUGAAAAAUAUUUCACAGUGGAAGGAAAUGCUCAAUGCCAGUAAGAAGCAGAAAAUCGUUGUUGGUGUGAUAGUAUUUGAUGCAACUUAAAGAGAUCUAUAGGACAUAACCCUUGCAGAUUUGUCUUUACUACGCAAAGCUGUAAUUAUGAGUUAACUCUCCCUAUUGAUUCUCUCAUGUACCCAAGUACAAAAGUUUCUCUUGUCUUCAGAGUACCGUUUGGAAUUUACUUCAGAAUUUAAAAUGAGUAGUAAAAUAUUUGUAAUGCUGUUCUUUAACCCACCUAAAUUUUUGUAAAGAAACCUGCUUACAUUGUUGUCCUGAAGCUUAAAGUUUACGUAUAGAUCACAUUCAGCAAGCUCCUCAGUCUAAAACUGCUGUGAGGAUAGUGCCUGAUGCAUUCAGUAUUUUCUCCUUAUAUUGUUUUCUAUUCCUAAAAAAUAAGUAUGAGGAGGUGUCACUGGAAUUAGGUAAAAUUGGCUUUUGGCUUUUAUUUUGAUGAUGAAGUUAGGAAUUCUGUGGAUACUGCAAUUUUGUAAAAGAAGAGGCAUGGGUAUCACAUCUGAGAAUAUCUUUUGCCUUCAAAGCAUUGCAUUCGUGUCUAAAAUGGAAAAUCUGGUUGAUAUGAGAAUAAAAUAUAAUUGAAUAUCCAGUAAUGUAAAGAAUAAAUCUUAUUUUGGAAAUCUGCUGACCUUAAUGUUUCCCCAUGCUUUCUCAAAGUACUUUGCUCUGAGUACCUUGAUGGAAAUUAGAAUAUGUCAAAAAAGAUGAUUUUUUUUUGUGGUUUGGAUAUUAGAGGAUAUUAGUCACCCAAGAGAUCCAUUUUCUGUUUUUCUGAUGAAUAGUGUUCAGUGAUAUGAACCACUCAUAAGUGACUUAUAAUUUCAAAGCAAUUUUUCAUCUACUUUAACUUUUUUUAUCAUUUAUUGUUAAGAAUUAUAUAUCUUGAACAAAUAAAAUUAUUUACUUUAGUUUAGUGGGAAGACAUUAUGAUGGUCUCAUCAUUUUUUCUUCAGGCCAACUCAGUUCUCCACUUUCUUCUGGUUGCACCUGAAGCAGUUGAUAUACUGGGUUUAUACCUUAAAAGACAUUGGCCAUGAAAUUGGGCUGCAGGGUCAGUUAUCCCAUUCUAAUUAAAAAAGAGCUUUCCCCAAAGUAUUUAUUUUACAGUUUUUAUUAAAAAAGUUCAUUUUCAAAAUAAAAAGUAUUUUCAUAUCUGGGGGAAGUUAACUUACCAGGAAAGAUUAUUAUUAGGUGUUUGAACUCUAAAACUGACAGAUAUACUGAUACAUAACUUAUUAGACCAACAAAACUAACUUGCUGAAAUCUUUCAUUUUGUCCUGUAAGACCAAUACUUAACAUACAGUCUUUUGUUCUGUGCCCAGGUCAGUAAUUCCAGUUUGCUUUUCUCUUUAGUCUCAUGGUAGCAGCUGUUGAGUAAUUUUAGUUGGAGGUUCGGGACGCGGUGUGGAGAAAGUGCUCUUGUUCAGUGUUUUGGUUCCUGUAAUCGGAUGCUGCCUAACUCAGCUCAUCUCCAUGUCCUGUUGACUUUAUUAUUAUUCCAGGUAAUUGGAAGAAACUGUAAUGGAUGGUUAUCUUUAAAACCAGCUCAAAAAUAUAUUCUUGUCAGUAAAGAUUUCUUGUCAAGAUGUCUUGGAUUGCACUUUUGUUGAGGGAAGACAGUGUAAAUAGUUGAAGAAUGUUGAUAAAAUUGAAACAUUUGGUUACGGAAUUGUGUGGUGUUAGAAGGUUUCUGUUUGUGAAAUAUAUGUAUUAAAA